GUUCAUCCCCGCGCGCGCUCCGGGUGAACACUGUCGCCUUCAGUGCUCGUCUCGCAAACCCCUCCCUUGCCAGCUUGAGCUCAGUCACACUCCUUUCACGUUCAAUACCGAGCAGCAACAAGCAAUUGUAAAAAUGUGAAUUUCAACUGCGCUAUUCCAACAUUUUUGACGAGGAUAGGAAACUACUGGAGAAGGAAGAUUGCGUUGGAACGAUCCGUUUAGAAUGUUAAAGUAGGAAAUUGAGAGACUGACGGUUGUUUUUAUUGCAGGUGAGAAUGGAAACAUAUGUCGCCUGUUGCUCCGCAGCUCCGCUACACGCGCAGCACACACAUACGUGUGAUUACAGCAUGAGUCCAACUGGUGACAGGCCCUGUUAGGCCUGAACAGACGGUGUGUGUUGGUGGAGGCUCAUCAGUCUCCAGUAUGGAGUGUUUGGUAUGAGCCGUGGCCUGUCUGUUGCUUCUUGGGUCGGUCCAGUGGUGUGGUGUCCCUGUCUCUUGGCGGGAUGCUGAGGGCUGGUGGUCCCCACCAGUAUGACUCCCCUGGACAUGUGGCUAUCCCGCUCCAUCCCCAUGUGCCUGCUCCUCCAGAGCCUGGUCCUCAUGGCCCUGUGCUUCCCCUCCGCCUCCAUGUGUCCCAAGGGAUGUGUCUGCCAGCGGGCCCGACCCGACCCUGGCCUCCACCUCGGCCCGGGGCCCCUGGGGCUGCUCCUUGGCCUCAACGUCACCUGCACUGGGUCCCGGCUCAAAGAGAUCCCCCCGGACCUCCCUCCAGACACCGCCGUGCUCCGCCUCGACCACAACCAGAUCAUGGCUGUCCCCGACCACGCCUUCCGUGGCCUAAGGCUGCUGCGGGAGCUCAAUCUGUCCCACAACGCUGUGGAGACGCUGGGGGAGGGCGCCUUCAGUGGCGUGGAGGCCACACUGCAGGUCCUCGACCUCUCACACAACCGCAUCACUAGUGUGCACAAGGAUGCGUUCGCCAGGCUCAAAGCACGGGUCCUGGUGGACGACAACCCCUGGCACUGUGACUGCACGCUGCAGCAGGCACUGGGCGGCAUGGCCCACAACCACGAGGCGGCUGCACGCGUCCUCUGCCGGAGCUCCGAGCUCCAGGAGCAGGAGGGACGCCAUUUCCUGGCGGUGGACACAGACCUGUGUAACCUGGCCAAGAGGACCACAGACUACGCCAUGCUGGUGACGAUGUUCGGCUGGUUUGCCAUGGUCAUCUCCUACGUGGUGUAUUACGUACGGCAGAACCAGGAGGAUGCCCGGCGACACCUGGAGUACCUCAAGUCGCUCCCCAGCAAGCCUGUGAAGCCCAACGAGGUGGAGGACAUCAGUACUGUGGUGUAACAUGAUAUCAUCACUACUGGACACUAUAGGACAUCAGUAGUCCGGUGUGACAUCCCUAUAGUGAGAACUGACUGUAUACCAUAGAAUUAGUUUGUCUAAUUAGUUCUAGAAUUAGAAUGACUAAUUGGUUCUAAUUCUAUGCAUGAACAGCAGAAGUUCCGACCUAAACCCGGAGAUUGGACCCAUAUUUCUAGUGUUUACAACUGGUUCCAAAUUUCAAGAUGGAUGUAACGUCUUCUGUUGUGAAAAUGUUUUUAUUUUGUCCUACCUGUGGUGUACUUUUAAAAAAUCAUGAUAGAUUAAACCUGGAUCCUUGUAUUUGAAGCUUCACACUCAAUAUGUGUAAAUUACAAAAGUAAACAUUGAGAAAACCCCAUUUUUAAAAGAGGAGAAAUGCUUUAAAUGUUAGCGUUUGUCUGUAGGCAUCAAUCUAAAGUCAAGCAUUUUGGAAUGCACAGCGUACAUGUCAGAAUAUAGACACCGGCAGUUAGUUCAUAUCAGAGUAACAGAAAGGUAUAGACUAUGGGUGUAACACAGAUGGCUUCAUUGAGAUCUGUUCUGAGAUCUGUUCUGAGAUCGUUUAAAAAAAUCUGAAUCUCAGGUUAAAAUUUUGAUAGGUUGAUAAAUAUUUUUUAGAGCAAAAUCUGGAGAAAUGGUUUGUUGGACUAAACUUUUGUAAGGUAAUCUGAAGAGUGUUCUGUGUUUGUGCAUCCAACUGCAUACUUUGUUUAAUUUUAUUUGAACAAAUAACGGGCCCCAAACAUCAAUCAUGAAAAUGACCUUCAAUUUUCAUAUGUGAAAUAAUGGAAUCAAUUAUUUGUUAAAAUGACCACGACAUCACACUGUUGAAAGACUACUGAUGUGCUGUAAAAAUACUACAAAUUUCUUCAUUCGCUUUGUCAAGUCCCUGUACUGUAUGUUGUUGUUGUCUUGAAACGACAAACUUGAUACAUUGCAUCUUCGUAGAUUUGUGAUGGUCAGAUAACGUAACACAAUGUUUUUUGGGGUAGAUAUCAAAUGACCCACAAGAGACUCGGUAGAUUCAAGUGAUUUGUAUGUGUGUCAUGUGAUUUACCAGUACACUAGUAGUGUCCAAGUUCUCAUGUCCUGAGUCCGAACAAGCUUUUUGUGUUACAUGUUAACACAACAACACCACAAAACAAUACUGUGCAUUUGGUUUUUCUAUAAAAAACAAACAUUUGCUAUGAUUUUUUAUGACUCAGUCAAUGCUUCCUGAAAUAGAAUACAUAUUAAUAUUCAGAGGAAUGUAUCUCACACAAAGCUUCCUCUCUCAGCCAAAAUGAAGAUAUAGUUGGUGUCCCAAAUGCCAACCUAUUCCUUACAUAGUGCAUAAAACACUAUGGACCCUGGUGGAAGUAAUGCACUAUGUCGGGAAUAGGGUACAGAUUGCGACACACCCUCAGCGUCACAAACCUGGCGAUGGGAAGACUAAUAAUUUCAACACAAACAUCCCCUUUCUAUUCAACCUCAUGCUGCGUUCAGAAUGCAGAUAGAUGCAUGCAUCAUUUACCUUGCCUUUAGAAACACUGUGUGUACAGUUAUACCCCCAGCAAAGUGAGAAGAGCAAAUUGCAGCUGUCAUUCAUUCAAAUGGAUUUCACUUCCAUCACAGUGACAAGGGUUCACUAAAACAUCCCACAGAGAGAGAUGGAGA